AUGCCCAACGCCCGCGUACUCCGAGAUAUCAAGGCCCGCAACAUCGUAAAGGCUAAUGAAAUCCUCCGCAAGGCCUACCUAUAUGUCGCGCGGAAUGAGACCCUGUCUCCGCAAGUGCGACACCAAGCUCAGCUGCAGCUGAAUACAUUCGGGAAGUACACACGUCCGACGACGGUGAAGAACCGUUGCACAGAAUCUGGACGUGGUCGGGGGAUUAUCAGCGAGUUUGCACUUUGUCGAUACCAGUUCCGACUGAAGGCGCUCAAGCUGGAACUCCCCGGCGUGCGCAAAGCUUCUUGGUAG